AUGGGUAAACUCACAUCCACAAUCGGUAUUCCCAUAAAACUGCUCAAUGAGGCUCAGGGUCAUGUCGUCACACUAGAGCUCACGUCUGGGCAGGUAUACCGUGGCAAACUACUUGAAGCCGAAGAUAACAUGAACGUUCAACUAAAGGACAUCACAGCAACAGCCAGAGACGGCCGUGUGUCACAUCUGGACCAGGUCUACAUCCGAGGCAGCCAUGUACGAUUUAUCAUUGUGCCAGACAUGCUACGCAAUGCCCCAAUGUUCCGAUCAAGAGGCAUAAGAGGCCGUGGUGUCGGAUUGGCAAGAGGAAGAGCAACUGUGAACAGAGCAAGGGCCGGCCGCAGGACUUGA